AUGGAUCCAGAAAAGCCCCCUCUAAUGACGGGCUCAAGUCACCCCUGUCGCGCGAUCAUCACUCCCCCAACCUCGGAGAAAACUAGCUCCCCGGAGGCUUCUUUUUCAGCCCAGAAGGUUGAUCGAGCGAGCCUUACGCACGCCAAGCUUCUUCCCGCGGCUCAGAUGAACCGGGCCAAAGCCGAUUACCCUGCGCGCAGCGUGCAGUUGGCCGACCCCACUCUCCCUGCCAAGCUUGAAGCGUUGGCAUGUCGAUGGCAGGGGUCUCCUUCUAUGCAUGACUUGUUGCUCGGCCGAAAUCCUGAGCAGAAUUUUCAGCCUGGAGUUCGAGAGAUUUCCAUCGGCUUCAAUUCUGCAAGAAGCCGGGAAGCGAAAGAGACUUUUCUGCCAACUGUCAACUGGGGCUCCGAUAAAUCGUUACCCAGCUCAUUAUCUCGUGGCGGUGAGACCUUCACCGAUCCUCUCCCUCGCCAGUCUGCGGACGGUGGACCACUGAGCCUAUACGAGAUCCACCACUUGUGUCAAGGGGCUUCGCCGGGUGAAUUGAGUCCGACCAACGUCCCUGAAAGGCAUGUUCAUGACGUCGAUGUCUACUUCGUAUCCGAAUCCGGCAAGACUCGGCUCCCCAUUCGGGGCGCCGGGGUAUUCGGGGAAAAGUCUAAUGCGGCUUUGGCGCGGCCCGCGACGCCACUUCCUCGAUUCCAGGGUUCUCCUCUAACCGAAUUUAGGAUCAAGCCAGAGAGUAGUGUACAUUUGGGUCCGCGCUGGUCGAGUGCUUUAGGGAGAGGCGCAACCUUCUGCGAAAACGUUUCGAUCUGCAAGCCACAAGAUACCGGCUGCGCAUCGUUCACCCUCACAGAAAUGGCUGAUUUUAGGUUCCCCGCGGGCAGCGAGGCUUCACCUUCUCUUCGAGCAAUUGUUAGAUAUGCUGCAUGGUCAUAUUCUCCAACACAACGGUUUCAGCGCGUGUCUCUUGACUUCGCUGCGGCCUCUGAACUUUGCUGGUUGCCAAAGUUGAUCCGAAAGAUCUCCCCAUUUCUUCAGCCCAUUCAAGAUUUAUCAUGCGCUAGUAUCAGGUCAUCCUCGAAAGCUGCCUCUCAACUUGGCCCUUACUCUUCCAUUUUCGAUGGUCCUUACUACCACUGCGAAAGUGACCUUGAUACCAGCCCAUCUGAAGAGAACCUAGCUCUACCUGGUGGCUGGUCUCAAAACCUCUACCAUGGUGACAUGAUCAUGCGACCGAUGACUUCACGAUUUCGCCGUAAUGGUACGUCUCACAAGGCUUCUGCUCUAACGUGGCACGGGGAAACUGAUCCUGAUGUCAUAGUCAAACGGGAUUUUCAGUUUUCUAUAUGUAACAUCAGCUAG